GCCCUGUAACUUGGCGCGCAGCGCCGGCAGAUCCGGGGUCCCGGGCAGAGGGCAGGCCGCCGCCAUGACGCUCGCCCUCCGGGGCUGCAGGUGGCGCCAACAUGGCCGCGCGCCGCCCCUCUCUCUCUCUCUCGCUCUCCCCGCCGGCAGCGGCCCAGGCUGCGGCAGUCGAGCUCCGAGCACGCGCCGGGUUGGGCGAUGGAUUGCUUCCGCCUGGUGACGUCUGACGUCGGCGUCCAGUGGCGUCCCAGGAACCGCCCCCCCCCACCCCCGUGGAGCAAGAUGGCGCCCGGGCGGCCGUCUCCGAGGUGGCGGGCCGGAGGGUUGGCGGCGCGUGGGGAGCGGACCCCUCAGGUCAGAUCCGGAAACCGGAAUGGGAAGCGCAGGACCUGGCGGCCGAACCCCCAGCAAGCCUUCCGGGGGAGCGUGCGCGAGGGACAAGGUUUUGCAUUUCGGAGAAAGCUGAAGAUCCAGCAAAAUUACAAGAAACUGCUGUGGAAGGUGAAGGAGGCAGCAGCGUCCCAGGAGUCCCAGUUCACAGAUCAUUACCCAGAGCAUCUGAAACACCUCUAUCUAGCAGAAGAGGAAAGACUCAGAAAACAGCAAAGAAAGGCUGGCCUGGAUGUGUCAGAAGAGCAGGUUGACCAGCCUUUGCCUGAAGAGGAGGGCAGCACUGAGCGGACUUCAUGUGAAGGACAGCCGGGAGUUCACCAGCCUCAGCCAGAAGAGCUGAGUACAGUAAAUUCUGUGACUUUUCCAAAGAAGAAGAAAAAGAAAACUUCAAACCAGAAGGCACAAGAAGAGUAUGAACGAAUACAAGCGAAGCGUGCUGCUAAGAAAUUCGAAUUUGAAAUGAGAAAGCAAGAGAGAGAAGAGGCUCAAAGGCUCUACAAAAAGAAAAAAAUGGAAGCUUUCAAAAUACUGAGCAAAAAGACUAAAAAGGGCCAACCUAACCUGAAUUUACAGAUGGAGUAUCUUCUGCAGAAAAUACAAGAAAACAGUUAACGCAGAUGCUUUGUCUCUAAGGACUGUUGCAUCCUUUUGGAUGUGGAUGGGAACCUCCUAAUGGUGAACUCAAUUUGUUGGCAUCAAGUGGAUUGUUAAAUUAUUUUUUGUUUUUGUGAAAGAAAAUUUUCUAUAUAUAUUAUAUUCUCCAUGCCAAAAAAAAAAAAAGACUUUAUCCUGAAGAUCUUUAAAAACUUCAGUGGAAUUUAUAUGAAAUAAACUGCUUUGAAAUAG